AUGGCGAAUUCAGGGCGAACAUUUUCUGAAUAUUUAGAACGAUUAGAAGAAUAUUUAAAUAAACGAGAAGGUUUAAAUCAAAUAAAGCGUUUUGAUAAUUCUCAGUUUAGCGAUGACCUCAAACCUAUUGGCAAAGGGGGCGAGAAAGUUAUUGAAAACACCCCUAAAGAUUAUAUUAAUCUGUACAAGAAUUGUUGGUCUCUUAAACAGAAACAACGUCCAACACUAGAUAACAUUUUAAGUAUACUUGGUAAAUUAUCAGUCGAGAUAACUAUUGAAUUUGUUGAAAAUAAAAUUGUUCCAUACAAGCAAAUUACACGCCAAAAGCAUUUAAUUCCUAAUACGGGCGAUUAUUAUGAACAUAGUAUACUUAGCUCAGGAUUUUUAAGCGAAAGUCGCGUCACUCUUAGUUCUGAUUUUUCAAGUGGAAGUUACAAUACUCCUAUUUCAAAUUCUUCGAAUGGAAAUUUUUCAAAUCAAGAACUUCCCUUCGAUACUAAAAGAUUAGAUGAUACGUUAAAUUUAUUCAACCUUAAACUUUGGAUUGAAAGCGAAGGUGAUAAUUUGCCUAGAGAAUCGUUGAUAGAUAUACUUGAGUCACUUAGUGUUGCUCCUAAAUCUAAAAUUUAUGAAAAACAUGAUGCUGCGCGUCUCGAAUUACGUCUUCGGACUUUAAAAGCAACUUUAGAAAAGGCCCAUUUUCCUAUUUUGGAUUAUGAAUUUCGUGAUGCACUUCUUAAUAAUUUGAAGACAUAUAUUGAUCUUCAUUAUGACAAUCUUGAUGACAAUAGUUCAAAACCCAACUGUGAAUUUUGUCCAAAUUAUAAUAUAAAUUUCUUGCUAAUUCAUUUGCGAGAUACUUUACAAAGCAUCCGUGUUGCCGGAAUUCAAACAAGAAAAUUCUUAAAUAAAGAUAUUACAGCAGAAAUAACCAUUCAUGAAGGUUUUCCAAUGCCACCAAGUGCAUUAGAAUUUAUACGGAAAACAGAAGAAUAUGGCUUUAAUUAUACUACUGAAUGUUACAAAAAAUGGUGCGAUCUCUUAACUGUUUAUCACUCGUUAGACAUUUCAGCUAAACAACAAAGCGACGGAUUCCUUCAACAUCACAAAGAAGCUUUUCUUCUUGAAUUCCUUUGGAGAUAUGAUACCGUGAUAAAAGAAGAACUUCGUAAAUAUUGUGAUUCACAAUAUAAGUUUUUGAUUGAUGUCGUGUAUCGAAAACUUCAACUGGAAAAUGAACUUAAAAAGCCAUAUAUUAAAGAUUAUGAUGUUUCUAUUUUUCAAGAGAAAUCUUUAACAAGAGAAAUAGUUCCAGCAUUAAAAGAUAUUAUUAAAGAAAAAUUAAUAUGUCCCAUUUCAAAACAACUUAUUGGGGAUUUCUCUGAUUUAAAAUGUGGACAUACAAUUAACUUUCUUGUGAUUAGCAAUCAAACAUGCCCUUUCUGUAAAGUAGAAAUUGAGUCAAUAUAUAAUUUUAUGUCAAAUGGAAUAUUAAAAGGCUUUUAUGAAAAGCUAAACGAUUUUAAUAAUGAUAUAAUCAAUGAGCAAAAAUUGGGAAAUAUUCCUUCAAACUUUAUGUUGUUAAAAAUGGCAAAAGAUGCUGAAGAACAAAAAAAGUAUUCUGACGUUAUAUCAUAUUUGAAUCAAGUGAUGCGAUUUUAUCCAAAAAGUUAUAGCUAUUCAAUUCAAUGCUGGAAAGCAAAUGCAUUUUGGAAACUUGGAUUAAGCGAAAAUCCAGAAACUGCUAUUAAACAUCAUAUAAAGGCUCGGGAUAUUUUAACAUCAGCGAUUAAAUUAAAGCCGAAAAAAUCAUUGGCCUAUAUUUAUAAAAGUCAAAUAUAUCUAUAUUACAGUAAUAGUAAUGAAGCGUUGAAAAAUUUAAAGAUUGCGCAGAAGUUUGAACCAAAUAAUACAUUUGCAUUUUUAUACAAAAUUUUGGUAUCAAAUGAGAAAGAUGCUAUAUCGAAACCCAAAGAGGUACAACAUGAAUUUAAUUGCAUAGUAUACAACAAGAAGUUCAAUCCAAUAUCAAUAGUUUCAUUACUUACUACGAAUAAACCAAGAAAAAAGAUAUUUGGACUAGGAAACUCAUUACCUACUAAACUUUAUUCAUUGGAUGAUUCUACAAUUUCAGGAUAUGUUUUUUUUUGCAAAAUAUUUCAAAAUUUUAAGAAAGCUAUAAGGUGUUGCACUCAAGCAAUAAAACUCAAUGAUAGAAAUGCAGUUGCAUUGGGAAUUAGAGGAAUUUCUUAUCACAAAAAAAAAUUAUUUUCAAACGCAUUAAAGGAUUUCAAUCAAGUAUUAGAUAUACUUCCUAACAAUAAAUUUGCAUUAGGAUGGCGUGGAAAAAUAUAUUCAUCUAUGAAAGAUUAUGAUAAAAGUCUCGACGAUUUAAGUAAAGCAAUACAUUCAAAUAGUGAAAGUUCUAAUAACC